AUGGCGUUGGCGAUUUCAAGUGAAGACACGCAGGUGUUGCUGAAGGAUAAGAAUGUGCUGCACGAGAGCAAUGUGGACAAGUAUAGGACAGCCGGGCAGAUAACGCAGACAGCGCUGCGGUUCUUGGCCGGGUUGAUUAACGACUCGUACCACCACCGCACGCGGGCCACGCCUCUCAGCGUUGCAGAGCUGUGCAUGCUGACGGACUCUUUUGUUGAGCGCUGUGUACGGCAGGCGUUUGCCAACAAGGCGAACGAGCGGGGGAUUGCGCACCCAACAACAAUCGACGUGGAUGAGAUCACCCAGGGAUGGGCGCCGGAGACGGACGACGCUGCGAACAUGGAGCGGUGGAACCGGGACCGGCAAGCGAACAGCGGUAGCUGCCAGGGCGCGCGGAGCGCCAUUUCCGGGUUCCUGCACGAGGGCGACGUGGUGAAGCUGACUGUGGGCUGCCACAUCGAUGGGUACACCGCGCAGGUGUCGCACACGAUGGUGGUGUAUCCGACGACGCGGCGCGAGGCCGACCAGGCGCUGGUGCCAGCUGGCCCACUACUGGGCGCAAAGGCAGAUGCGGUCGCAGCCGCUACGAUUGCGAAGGAGAGCGUGACGUCUCUUCUAGCGUGCGCGCAAGCGACGGAGAAGCUGCCCGCUGCAUUUGGCGAACGGCAGGUAACCGGGACGCUGAUUCGGCGGGUCGUGGAUGCAGUGGCGCGGUCCUACAACUGCGCCGUGGUACCGGGGUCGCGGGUGCGGCGGGUGCGGCGCUUCCUUGCAGGCCAGAACGAGGGCGUUGUAGCUGAGCGCGAUAUCAAGGGCGUGCAUUGGACCGAGGCACACCAGGAGGCUGCUCUGCUUGCCUCAUCGGUGGAAACGACCGACGUGACACGCGUAGACGCAAGCAACAAAUCUGCCAACGACAGCGCGGUCGCAACCGACGACUUCGUGGUAGUGUCAGGCGAGGCAUACCUGAUUGACCUGAAGAUUGCACCGCUAAAGGACUUGCCUCGUGGCCUCCUAACUCUGCAAACGGUCGACCACUUCAGCGGCAAAUCUCACAGAAAGGAUGAGCUACUUGCGCGCGCCAGUCUGAUAUGCCGUGACUUUGCCAAGCAGCACGUCUUGAAGCUCAAAUCCUCGAGACAGCUGCUGCACAAGCUUGACAGCAAGGGCGUGUACCCCACCAAGCUUGCGCACCUGACUGCCGCAUUCCCACUCGACCCCGAGAGCCCCGACUGGGACGCCGUUUCGAAAGAACUGAAACACCUGCGGCUGGGUCUGGCCGAGGUUACCAACAACUACCUGGCCAACGAAAAACCAGUACAGCUCUGCAGACUGGUUCCUUGGGAUGUCAUCCUCAAGGCCGUGAACCCCACAGGUAAGCAUGGCACAGACGCCAGUAACCCCACUCUGCCUGGGUACGAGAUCCCGCUACCGCAGUUGGGUAUUUCCUCCUUAAGACUGAAGUCUCUUUUGAAGGACUCCCUCCCAGUCCCUGUUGCUCGCGAAAGCAUAACAGUUCUGCUUUGCCCGGCUGAAGUAACCAGCACUGGCAGCCCCGAGCUGCUAAAGCUCACGGGUGGUCCUACUACUACUCCAAGCUGGAUCCAUUCCGACUACGAGCUCAACGUCUCCGACCCCGUAGUCCAGGGCAUCCUCCAGCUCGCCGAGCUAUCCAAGGACAAGCGCUUCGGUUUGGCCAUUAGAGAAACGCAGCCCUGGAAACAGAAGAUACCUUCUGCAGCUGCAGUCACAUCGGCUGACGUGGAGAUGGCUUGA